AUGUCCCCAGAUGCGUUUUGUACAGAAGUAUUUGAUUUGAAGGGGGGUAAGAAAAAAGUUGCAAGGAAGUUUCGUAUAUUUAUGUGCGGGAGACAACCAAUGUGCGAGAAACAACCAACGUGGAAAAAGGUUACUGUGUACUCAAGUAAAGUACUCGAAGUGAAUUGA